AUGAAGUUCCUCUCUAUCCUCCUUGCCGCUCCGGCUCUCGUCGCAGGACGAUAUCUCAGUGAUGAAGUCUCAUCCGGUACUUCUACUCACUACGGCGGCAACGUCGGAGGAGGUGCCUGUGGUCUUGUUGGCUACACUAUUCCUUCCGGCAUCUAUGGAACUGCCUUCUCCGGUUCGAACUGGAACAGUGCGGGUGUUUGCGGUAACUGUAUCGAGGUUACUGGCCCAACUGGCAAGAAGAUCAAGGCUAUGAUUGUUGACAGAUGCAACGAGUGCAACAAGGGACACUUGGACCUCUUUGAAGAUGCUUUCUCUGCCGUUGGAGGAACUAGCGGCCUUGUCCAGACUAGCUGGAGAGCUAUCUCCUGCGACAUUACCGCUCCUCUUGUCCUGCGCAACAAAGAGGGAACAAGCCCCUUCUGGUUCUCCAUGCAAGUCCGCAACAGCAACCUCCCCGUCAAGAGCCUCGAAGUCAGCACCGACAACGGCCGAACCUGGGUCGGAACUACCAGGAAGGAAUACAACUUCUUCGAGAACCCCAGCGGCUUCAGAACUGAGACGGUUGAUGUCCGUGUCACCAGCUCUACUGGCAGCACUAUCAUUGUCAAGGGUGUCAAUGUUAAGCCUCAGACUGAGUUCAAGGCUGGCUCCAACUUCCCUUGA